AUGUGUUCCAAAAGUAGAUCGGUUAAGGAAGAUUUGACGUUGAUCAGUAGCGAUAAUCAGGAAUUCAAGGUCCAUUCGUAUCACUGCAAAGCCCAGAGUACCGUUCUUCGAGAUAUGCUUGAAUCGCCUGGACUUAACGAAUCUGCCAUACCUAUCGAUGCUACAGGAUCUGAUCUUCGCCUCUUCCUGAACCUGAUGACACGAUGGGAAGUCCUGAAUCCCUCAGACAGUGGCACAUGGCUACGACUGCUGGACAUCUGCGAUAAAUACGAUUUUUACCUCGUUCGACGAAGACUCAAGCAGCGACUCCGAGGUCAUUCGUACAAAUCACCUUGGGAUGCCUUCUGCAUCGCGAGUCAUCUAGAUGAGCUUGACCUAGCUAUAAAGGCGAUCAAAAGGUUUGGUAGUCUUAAAGGGGACAGGGAUAUCGAGCUUGGAAGGAUGCCCAUCAAGAUGGCAAGUCAACCUACCUUACCGUACUUACUUGGGUUAUUGCAUGGGAAGAACCUAGUAGCUCAGAGCGAUGAUCCCUCUUGGGCCGCUGUUUCACAAAUCUUCCACCCAGCUACGUAG